AGGUGGAAUGCGUAUUGCAUUUUUCCAUUUCAGAAGCCCUUCAUAUGUCAACCAUAUCGCAUUAUGAUUUGGUCGACUUCGAAGCAAAUUAAUGCAAAAUUUCAAUUUUAUUCAAAAGCUUUCGUCAAAUGUUGAUGGACGACAAGGAAGCUUAUUUUGCACACCUUCAAUGUGCAUCGCAUGUUUCAGGUUGAAGUAAUUUUCCGAAAUUCAUCUUACUCCCCUCCAGAUGGCAAAUAAAAUUGACAACAGUGGAGCAGCUUCAGAAGAGCGUUCGAAGCACAAUUCAGCAGCUGCUUGUGGACCAUGGGACGUGAGCAAAUGCAUGGAAAUCUACGAAAAAUGGUCUCAUCAAUACGACGAGGAUUUCAGCGAAGAAAGAUACCGGGCCCCGUUUUACGCGGCUGAAGCUGUUGCGAAACUACUGCCAAGUGACCGCAGAAACCACGUGCGAAUUUUAGAUGUGGCAGCUGGUACUGGAAAAAUUGGCAAACACUUAGCUGACAUGGGAUUCACUGAAAUCGAUGCACUGGAUGCGUCAUCAGACAUGCUGAAGGUUUUGAGCAGCAAAGGGCAUUACAAAAAUAUAUACCAGGACACAGUGGGAGACCAUGAGACGGUUAUUGCGGAAAACACUUACGACUUGACUACCAUGUCUGGAGGAUUUGUGGAGGGACAUUUGCCAAUCACUGCCUUGGAUGAGAUGCUCAGGGUUACAAAAAAAGGAGGUUACGUCGUGAUUUGCAUGCGAGAGGAAUUUUUGCAAAGCGUGCCCGAUUAUCGCCGAUUGGAACCGCAUGCGGAAUCUUUAGAAGCCGAAGGUCGCUGGAAACUCAUUAGCCGAGAACAAAGAUCCAACCAUUUUUUCGACCAAUCCGGACUCGUGUUCACGUGGCAAAAGCUCUGAUCUAUAUAUUCCGGAAAAGUCGAAUAAUUUUCACAUUCCGAGAUUAUAUAUUUUUUUUCUUGUCUAGCACUGCUUAUAUAUUUCCUGGUCCAUAUUCAAGAAUCGGACGCUGCAAGUGUCACUAUAGCAUUUAAUAAUUGAUUGUGAAUUGAUGUGCCGUGCGUGUAUAUCGCGUUAUUGAAUGGGUAAAACUCGGGAAAAUCUGGAAACAGCCUUAUACACAAUGAAAACUGAUUUACUGGGAGAGUGCACGACUCACAAAAAGAGAGUGCUUCAAAUA